AGGGGGUCAUGAAGGUGCUUAUUGGCAUAAGCCAUAGCUCGGUGGCUCUAUUGUUGGUGAUCAUCUGCUUAUCAUGCAACAUGUCAAGCGUGUGGGCUACAAUGCAGCAGUUGGAGGUGUGGCGACAACAAAAGCGAUUGAAUAAGCCUGCCGUCAAGAGCAUCAAGAGCCCUGAUGGAGAUAUCAUAGACUGUGUCCAUAUCUCUCAUCAACCAGCCUUUGAUCAUCCUUUACUCACAAACCACACUAUCCAGAUGAGGCCAAGUUUCUACCCAUUAGGCCUAUAUGAUGAGAACAAGGUGGCGUCAAAGAUGGAACCUAGCUCUGUAUCUCAGCUUUGGCAUCAAAAUGGGAGGUGCCCAGAGGACACCAUCCCCAUUAGGAGGACCAGGAAGGAUGAUAUGGUGAGGGCUACCUCUGCCGAAAGAUAUGGAAACAAGAGGCAUAGGACAAUCCCAAAUCCCACUUCUGCACAACCUAAUCGGGAUGCCGGUGGAUAUGAGCAUGUGCUUGUUCAUGUCACGGGAGAUAAGUACUAUGGCGCAAAGGGUACCAUAAAUGUGUGGAACCCGAAGGUCCAAGAGCAAGAUGAGUACAGUGCAUCUCAGCUUUGGGUUCGUGGGGGUCCUCCAGAAUCAAUCAAUACCAUCGAAGCUGGUUGGCAUGUUAUGCCAAGUCUGUAUGGAGAUGAUAGAACGAGACUAUUUGCUUUCUGGACUGCUGAUAAUUAUGCAUCCAUAGGCUGCUACAACCUACUUUGUCCUGGGUUCGUUCAAGUCAACAAGGAAAUAGCGUUGGGUGCUACUAUCCACCCAAUUUCUAGCUAUGAUGGACCCCAGUAUGAAAUCACCAUACUCAUCUGGAAGGAUCCAAAUACGGGGAAUUGGUGGUUGCAGUAUGGGAAUCAAUCUGCAUUGGGCUACUGGCCUUCAUCGUUAUUCCCUCAGUUACAAGACAGUGCCUCAGAGAUACAGUGGGGAGGGGAGGUUCUGAACAUAAAUAAAAAUGGUCACCACACCUCCACAGGGAUGGGCAAUGGAUAUUUCCCAACAGGUGGUUUUCAGGAGGCGAGCUUCUUCAAAAACCUUCGAAUAGUUGAUCGGUCCAAUAAACUUCAAACUCCUCAACACCAAGAGGAUUUGAUGACACGAUCCCUAUGCUACUCUGUGCACAGGGACAGGGACGACCAUGGUGUUUUCUUCUAUGGGGGUCCUGGUAGAAAUGAGGAUUGUCCAUAG